GAAUGCCCGGCUGUCAAAUGACACACUUCGGCCCAGGGCUCAAAGUUAGAGCGGGGGUAAAUAACUCUUACCAGUUGUCCACUGGUGAGUCCACGAGGAGGCUCACUCCCAGUAUGUCCGGGUGCUCAGUGUAGCUUGUGAUACUCCGACGGGAAGCCAGAAUAAUGGAGUGGUUGUUGUUCUUCUUUCACCUGGUGUUCUUGGCAGGGCCAGCCUGGGCCUCCACCGACGAGACCCGGCUGUUCAAGAACCUGUUCACGGGGUACAACAAGGUGGUCCGUCCGGUCCACCACUUCAAGGACCCGGUGGUGGUCACCGUGGGACUCCAGCUCAUACAGCUCAUCAGUGUGGAUGAGGUCAACCAGAUUGUCAACAGCAAUGUGCGGUUGAAACAGAAAUGGAAGGACGUGAACCUGCAGUGGAGCCCAGACGACUACGGCGGAAUCAAGAAGAUCAGAGUGCCGUCCACGGAUAUCUGGAGGCCUGACCUCGUCCUGUACAACAAUGCUGACGGUGACUUCGCCAUCGUGCACGAGACCAAAGUGCUGCUGGAGCACACGGGCAUGAUCACGUGGAACCCACCCGCCAUCUUCAAGAGCUACUGCGAGAUCAUCGUGCUGCACUUCCCCUUCGACCUCCAGAACUGCAGCAUGAAGCUGGGCACCUGGACCAACGACGGCACCCUGGUGGUCAUCAACCCAGACAGUGACCGACCCGACCUCAGCAACUUCAUGGAGAGCGGGGAGUGGGUGAUGAAGGACUACCGCAGCUGGAAGCACUGGGUGUACUACGCCUGCUGCCCUGACACACCCUACCUGGACAUCACCUACCACUUCCUCAUGCUGCGGCUGCCUCUCUACUUCAUCGUCAACGUCAUCAUCCCCUGCAUGCUCUUCUCCUUCCUCACCGGCCUCGUCUUCUACCUGCCUACGGACUCGGGUGAGAAGAUGACCCUGAGCAUCUCCGUCCUGCUGUCCCUCACGGUGUUCCUGCUCGUCAUCGUGGAGCUCAUCCCCUCCACCUCCAGCGCCGUGCCGCUCAUCGGGAAGUACAUGCUCUUCACCAUGGUCUUCGUCAUCGCCUCCAUCAUCAUCACCGUCAUCGUCAUCAACACCCACCACCGCUCCCCCAGCACCCACACCAUGCCCGAUUGGGUCCGCAGGGUGUUCAUCGAGACCAUCCCCCACAUCAUGUUCUUCUCCACCAUGAAGCGGCCGAGCAAGGACAAGCCGGACAAGUGUGUGUACGGGGAGGGCUUCGACAUCACGGACAUCUCCGGAAAACCCACGCCCAGUGCCAUGCCCUUCCAGUCGCCCAUCACCAAGAACCCCGACGUGCGGAGCGCCAUCGAGGGGGUCAAGUACAUCGCCGAGACCAUGAAGUCAGACGAGGAGUCCAACAACGCUGCCGAGGAGUGGAAGUUCGUGGCCAUGGUGCUGGAUCACAUCCUGCUGUGUGUGUUCAUGGCCGUGUGUCUGAUCGGAACACUGGGGGUGUUUGCCGGGCGUCUCAUCGAGCUCAGCAUGCUCUAGAGCAGAGGUUCGCUUCCUAGCCUCCUAGGGGGCUUAGGAAACGAAAGUCAAGGAGCUCCAAAGUUUGAGGGAAUGAUUAUCAGUGAUAUGUUAUCAGAAAUGUUGGCAAUAAAAGCAGAAUCCAACAGGGAAAUCUGUUUUUUGGUCGAAAGUAUGUAUCAAGGUGGAGCUAACUCUGCCAUUACAUAUGAGGAUGAAUUGAGAAUGAAGCGAAUCAUUGACAGAACUAAUAAUAUUGUAAUAAGCCACUAUCCUUUUUCAAUGGCUUACUAGCCUGAAUGUAGCCUUGGUCAGGUUUAGUUAUUACAUCGCAAAACAUUUCAAGCCACACCUAGUCUUGCCUGAAGAAAAAGGCCACGCUUUAUAGGUCAGCUUCAUGUCACCAUAAAAAGGUCCCCUUUUGCCUAUAGCCUAGUUUGAUGGCCUGGAUUAUUUACAUUUUAUACUGCAUGCUGUUAUAUUCUAAUAGUGGAUUGUGUUUGAUUUUGAACAUACUGUAUCCUAUUUUUGAAUAUAUGAGUUGUAUAAAUAUUUAAUGCCCUUCAUAUUAUUUUAUGUUAUGUUCUGGUAAUGAAGGGUUAGGGUUAGGGUUGAUGUUUUGUGUAUUACAUUAUUAGUUGCUACAGGAAAUACGUAUUCAUCUUACUAGAGUUUGACAAGAAAAUACAAUUACAAUUUUUAAUAGGAUAGGCGGUUACUUCAAAUUAUCUUUUUGGAUAACUGAAUUAGUUUAACAAUUUUUUUUUU